GUGGUUGCAGCAGCAGCAGCAGCAGCAGUGGUUGCAGCAGCAGCAGUUGCAGCAGUCAGGCGCACCGACCGAAGCAUGCUCCAGCGCAGCCAUGACUUGCUCGGCGUCAGAUAGCGAGAAGAUCGUGAUCAACUGCGGCGGGAUCCGACACGAGACCUACCGGAGCACCCUGAAGACGCUGCCAGGGACGCGCUUGUCUUGGCUGACCGAGCCCGACGCUUACAGCAACUUCGACUACGACCCAAAGUCCGACGAGUUUUUCUUCGAUCGCCACCCGGCCACCUUCGCCUUCAUCCUCAACUACUACCGCACCGGGAAGCUCCACUGCCCCAACGAUGUGUGCGGCCCGCUGUUCGAGGAGGAGCUCGCCUUCUGGGGCAUCGACGAGACGGACGUGGAGGCGUGCUGCUGGAUGAACUACCGGCAGCAUCGCGACGCCGAGGAAGCGCUGGACAGCUUCGAGACCCCCGAGCCGGACGCACCUGAGGAUGACCCGGCGCUCACCGGCGGCGCGGACGGCGACCUGAAGCGGCUGUGCAUGCAGGAGGACGGCCGCAGGGCGACGAGGUGGGAGGUGUGGCAGCCCUUCAUGUGGGCGCUGUUCGAGGACCCCUACUCUUCCAAAUACGCCCGGUAUGUGGCAUUUGCCUCACUCUUCUUCAUCCUCCUCUCCAUCUCCACCUUCUGCCUGGAGACCCACGAAGUCUUCAACACCAUCUACAACAAAACAGAGAACGUCACCGUUGGCAACAUGACACAUCAGGAGAUAGUCUAUGAAAUCGUCACAGAUUCCUGGCUUACAUACGUGGAGGGCGUCUGCGUGAUCUGGUUCACCAUUGAGGUGAUGAUGCGUGUCGUCUUCUGUCCUGACAAGGCAGAGUUCUUCCGCAGCGCCCUCAACAUCAUUGACUUUGUGGCCAUCGUGCCGUUUUACCUGGAGGUGGCGCUGGCAGGCCUCUCCUCAAAAACAGCCAAAGACAUGCUGAGCUUCCUCCGCGUGGUGCGCUUUGUCCGUAUCUUGCGUAUAUUCAAGCUGACCCGUCACUUUGUGGGUUUGCGGGUCCUGGGACACACUCUGCGGGCGAGCACCAACGAGUUCCUUCUGCUCAUCAUCUUCCUGGCGCUGGGCGUCCUCAUCUUUGCCACCAUGAUCUACUAUGCUGAACGCAUCGGUGCCGACCCGGCUGAUCCGACGGCUGCAGCCCACACGACAUUCAAGAACAUCCCCAUUGGCUUCUGGUGGGCUGUGGUGACAAUGACCACACUGGGAUAUGGGGACAUGUACCCUGAGACGUGGUCAGGAAUGUUGGUUGGUGCCCUCUGCGCCUUGGCUGGCGUGCUAACAAUCGCCAUGCCUGUGCCUGUCAUUGUCAACAACUUCGGCAUGUACUACUCCUUGGCCAUGGCCAAGCAGAAGCUCCCCAAGAAGAGGAACAAGCACAUCCCGCGAGCACCACAGCCGGGCAGCCCCAACUACUGCAAGCCAGAUGCCUUGGCCAUGGCAACCGCCUCGCCCCACAGGCUCAUGGGAAAUGUGCUUGGGCCCGGCAUGGUUGGAUCUGGCAGCAUGAUGGGAACUGGAGACUGCCCACUGGCACAGGAGGAGAUCAUUGAGAUCAACAGGGCAGAUUCUAAGCAGAAUGGGGACACAGCAGCCAACGCGGCCGCCCUGGCCAACGAGGACUGUCCCACCAUCGACCAGGUGCUCGGGGACGAGCGCAGCCCGGCCACCGGAGGCCUCGGCUCCACCACCAGCCGCGAGCGCUACCCACAUGACCGCGCCUGCUUCCUGCUGAGCGCCGGGGAGUUUCAGCGCACGACAGACGGGAACGUUCGGAAAGUAGGAGGCACUGUGAACGGCUACUGGAGCGACAGCCCGUGGUAAAAGAGGAGCGGACGAUAAAUGAACGCCACAUGAGAGGACGGAGAGAGAGAACAUGACAUCAGAGACAGCAUGCAAACAUAGAAAUAUGCAAUGUAGAUAAAUGAGACCGCUGUGGUUGGAUCUAUGUGUGUUUGGAUAAGUAGCAUCUACGGUUUGUGUGUGUGUGUGUGUGUGUGCGUGCGCCGGGACCAUCUACCUCUGUGUGAUGUAAGAUGCACAAAUGUCAACAAAUGCAUCAUCUCUUUUGCUCUUAUUUCAAUUUUGUUUUUCUGUAUGUGAUCACACAACGACGUCCUCUUCCUGUAAAGGACUUUUUUGUCUUUUUUUCCUUGUUUUCUGACGUUGUUCUGACACGUGUUUGACUUCACAACGACAUUGUCACUGUUGUGUAGACAGUAAUUGUGUCGACUGUUUUAACGCCUUGAUGUUCUCACCUUCUGCGCCCUCGAUUCAAAAGUAAUGGAGAACUUGUAGCUUCAAUCAGAAUAAAAUAGAAUAUAAUAAGAGCUGCUUCAAAAUGCAUACAUUUAGUUUUAUAAAGAAGUUCUCUAUCAUGAUUUUUCUAAGGCUAAACUAUAUGGAUUUUGCUUUGGUGAAAAGUUUCUGUCACUUUUUUUAUGGAAAACACGGGAAUGCUGGAGGUGAGAGCAAUAAAUGAGGUGAUUUUAUAUUUGAUUUUGGUCAUUUGGGAAGUAAACUCUUGUUUAGUUUCUUGGGAGGGGGAGUUGGGUUUAGUGUCAUAUAUCUGUAAACUAAUGAAGCUGAAGCCAGAAACUGAUUAGCCUAGCUUAGCAUUUCAGGAGUUUCUAGCUUGACAUUCCCUGGACUCUAAGAUGAGUCUGUUGGACACUUUCAUGAACAAAUGACUUCCUACAUUUGUGUUAACAAGAGCGUGUUGGGCUCUAAAGUGAUGUUGGAAUGCACAUGAUUGGAUAUAUCCCCCCCAAACUCCUCCCUGCCUGAUGCUAAGCUAACGUAAUGUAGCACCUUCUGGCUGUAGCUUCUCAUUUGACCCAUUCCUCCCUAUAAUGUUGUUAUAUCCUGUGAACCCUGAGUGAGCCAGAUUCAGGGCCAUGCUGGGUUUGGUUGUUCCUGUUCCAGCCUGGUCACAAUGUGUCAGGUACAAAUGAGUGUCAACCUGAAGUCUCACGAUAUAUUCACAGUAGAACACAAUCAUCAUAAAGACAUGCACACUAAGCACACACACAACAACACAUAUAGAUGUGAACACACACAGUUCAACCCCCCAAACUGAAUCAUUCUCAUGUUAUCACCAUUCCAUCCUCUCCUCCUCCUCCUCCUCCUCCUCCUCCUCCUCCACCACCUCUCCCUUUCCACUGUCGUCUUGGUGUGAGUGCGUCUGUCACUUACCUGAAAGCCACUGCUGACCGGUUGCUUUUGUCAUGAUGAUGAUGUACAUAUGUAAAGUUUGCAUUGUAGAUGAAUCUGCAUGGGUCUCUGACGCAAGCAAUAAGGAUACCACUAAUGUGAGGAGGUUUGAUAGGUUUAAUGACUGUGUAUAUACUGUUUAGAUGACUAAAGGUGUGUAUGGAUGUAUGUGUUUAGAAGCAUACAUAUGCACUAACAAAGCAUGCAGGACAAAAAAAAUCCUCACCUCUUUGGAUGCAAGAGGAGGUGGGACAGGCUGACAUUAUGCAUGCGAAAAUGCUAUGAUGCUACUGGUCAAGAAUGACCAAGUUAGGUACUGUAACUGGGCCGGGCGGGGGUGGGAAAGUUUAUUUUUGCAGGACGGGGAGGGGUUACAUUUCUGAUAGGUCUUGUAUAGCUGCUUUCUUAUUGAUCUUAAGAGACUUAUGAUAAGAGAAACAUAUUAACAAUCGUAGCGUAUGAUUUAUUUUCCUUUUUUUUUGCUUCUCUUUCCACAGAGAACUGUUCUGAAAGCCCCGCGCUUAUCAGAUAUAUGCAAAAAGAAGCAGUAACUGUGAACUAAUGCUAACAAAUGAAAAGUCAAAUCAAAUCCAGCUUCUUCCGUCAUUGUCUCAACACCUCUUCUACAAGAGGAGAGAGCCUUCUCCUCACAAGAGAGCCCCCACCAUCAUUUUCAUCCUUCACUUUCUGCCCACGUCAUGUUCCCGUAUGUCCCGUCACAUGAACCACAACAAGCUAAAAAGCACCUCUGCUGAAUGUCGGAUUCAAUGCAACCUCCCACAAAGCCGGAACCAUAAAAGUAGCCGCCGCCGUCGUCGUCUUGUGGGUUCACGGUAAAUCCUUCUAAUAUGGAUAUGACCUCUAUUAGAGCAGAGACUGUAUGACUCCAGUAGUUCUUGACCACGCUACAGUAUCUCAGUUGUCUGCAGUCAAGACUCCCAAAUCACCAGCAUUAACACCAUAAACAACCCAUAAUGCAUUGCUCUGUGAGAACUCAGAGGCUCACAGAACCUUCUGACCGCACUACAGGCGAAACAGAGCACGAGCCAAUAUUUAUAAAAUACCUGCAGGAGACGAGUUUCUCACAGGUUUAUCAUCACAACUUCCUGUUUGUUGUUUUUAGAAAGUCUUGACGCUGAUUAUAUGAAAGGAAGCGUAGGU